AUGUUUCAGUCUAGCUCUUCAAUUCUCUACCAUGUAUAUUUAACAGAUUCGUUCUUAUCUGAUGAUGUAAUACAAAUACAGGUUCAUGGAUUUGUUGAAGAUGUUAUGGGGAAAAAUGUUGCUACAAUAUUUGGAAAGUGGGAUGAAAGCAUGUAUUAUAUUAAUGGUGACAGGGGCAACAAUAUGAAAGAUUGUAGUUCCUCCUCUGAUACAUCAUUAUUUUGGAAAAGGACUAAGCCACCGGUUAAUCUCACUCGGUACAACUUAACUUCAUUUGCAAUCACUUUGAACGAGCUAACGGAAGGUUUGCAGGAGAAGCUCCCACCUACGGAUUCCAGGCUUAGACCAGACCAACGACAUUUGGAGAAUGGAGAAUAUGAGAAGACAAAUGCUGAGAAACAACAUUUAGAGAAAAGGCAAAGAAUGUCAAGGAAAUUACAAGAAAGUGGAUGGAAACCACAAUGGUUCAAAAGAGAAGGUAAAGAUGGACCUUCCGCUACAUGGGUGGCUAUUGGGAGUCACGCGAGCGAGGAAAAUAGGAUGAAUGUCCCAACAUAUUUGGUGAAUUUGAAGAAGCUCUUGCUGAGAGCCCUUAAAAAAACGUACUUAACUAGAACAAGAAGGCAUAUCAUGACACUCAUGAUCAUUCAGGUAAUAUCUAUCUCAUUCUUCUUUUCUCUUUCCUUGACUUAGACUACUUAUUUUUAUUCAACACUUCAUUAUAUAACAUAAAAUCAUAUCAAAUGGGGGCUGCAUUGCCUUUCACAAUUUGUAUUUAGUAAAGAAAAGCUCUACAGAUUAAAACCUAUUCCGGUUGUUUUUUUAAAA